CUCAAUGUUUACUUUUAUAUCCCUUUUUAAAGUCUCAUGAUUAUCCCCAGUGUGUUUAUAAGGAGGACUGAAUUCAAGUUUUCUUUUGUUUCGUUUUACUGGAAAUCUCAUUUUUACUCCUGAGAGUUUCUCUGGGCAAAUAACCUGCAGGCGAGCACAACACUCUCGCCGCUCAUUGUAUACCGAAACUUGCAUGCAUUGCAAAAGGGACAACCCUGGAUUCAAAGUCGCAUCUUCCCUACGUUCUCUGUGGCGUCUUGUCACCUCUACAUCUCAAACCUGGUCUGGUUUCACAAGCGGUGGGAGUGGCAAAAAGUUGAUGUUCAAAGGGAAACGGCUGUCUUUGCGCUGAAAACAAAUGACCCUUCCCCACUCUUGCAGCUGGACACUGGAAUAACUCACAAUGGCCCCGCCGUCGCUCUACCUCUCUCCUCACCCUCAUAACUUCCAGAACGCCAGGGUUCUUAUUGCUCUGGAGUACGGGAAGCUGAAGCUGAAGGUGGUGGAAGUCCGUGGACCAUCAGCCGGUGAUGCAUUAAUGAGCUCGACACCAGACAGGCUGCCGGCCCUGGAAGUCGCCCCCAAAACGCACAUCCACGGCGCGUCUGCAGUGGCGCACUACCUGGUCCCCGAGCGGAUGAGGGGCUGCGGCCCAAAGGAGGCUGCCCUGGUGCAGCAGUGGGUGAGCUACGCGGACAUCGAGGUGGUCCCAUCGGCCUGUGCCUGGGCCUUCCCAGCUCUGGGCUUACUGAAGCACAACAAACAGGCCGUUGAGAGAGCAAAGCUGGAUUUGCAGAAGGCUCUUCGGCUCCUCGACGACCAUCUCAAGCUGCGGACCUACCUGGUGGGGGAGGCGAUCACCUUGGCGGACAUUGCCGUGAGCUGCGCGCUACUGCUGCCCUACCAGCACGUCUUCGAGCCUGAUUUCAGGAAACCUUAUGUGAAUGUGAAUCGCUGGUUCCUGACCUGUGUCAACCAGCCCGAGUUCAAGAGAGCCCUGGCCGAAGUGAAGCUGUGUGAGAAGACUACAUCUGUGACCAGAGAGAAAUGUGCAGGUCAGGGGCGGCCAGCUGGUGUGAAGCAGAGCACGGGUGUCCCAGAGCCGGGUACGCCAGCAGAGCAGGCAGAAGGGAAGCCGGUGCAGAAGACGGCCGCGCAGCUGAAGAAGGAGGAGCUGAAGCGGGAGAAGAUGGAGAGGUUCCUGCAGAAACAGGAGAAGCUGAAGGAGCAGCAGCUGAGGCAGCCCGAGAAAAAGGCCAAGGGAGACAAGAAAGAAAAGAAGGAUCUUGGAGUGAUCACAUAUGACAUUGCAACUCCUGCAGGAGAGAAGAAAGAUGUGACCUGCCCAAUGCCAGAUUCCUAUAGCCCGCAGUAUGUCGAAGCAGCCUGGUACUCCUGGUGGGAGAAACAAGGGUUCUUCAAGCCUGAGUAUGGGCGCAAUAUCUCCGAACCCAACCAGAGGGGCCUGUUCAUGAUCUGCAUUCCUCCGCCGAACGUGACCGGCUCCCUCCACCUGGGCCACGCCCUGACCAACGCCAUCCAGGACUCGCUCACCCGCUGGCACCGGAUGCGGGGAGAGACAACGCUGUGGAACCCCGGCUGUGACCACGCCGGCAUCGCUACCCAGGUGGUGGUGGAGAAGCGGCUGUGGCGGGAGUCACGGAAGACCCGGCACGACCUGGGGCGCCAGCGGUUCGUGGAGGAGGUGUGGAAAUGGAAGCACGAGAAGGGUGACCGCAUUUACCACCAGUUGCGGAAGCUGGGAUCAUCCAUGGACUGGGACCGUGCCUGCUUCACCAUGGACCCGAAACUCUCGGCUGCAGUCGAGGAGGCCUUCGUCAGACUGCACGAUGACGGUGUGAUCUACCGUAGCACCAGACUGGUCAACUGGUCCUGCACGCUGAACUCCGCCAUCUCUGACAUUGAGGUCGAUAAGAAGGAGCUGACCGGUCGGACUCUCCUGCCCGUGCCUAACUAUGCAGACAAGGUGGAGUUUGGCGUUCUCGUCUCCUUUGCCUACAAGCUGGAGGGAUCGGAUGAGGAGGUGGUGGUGGCUACCACGCGUAUCGAGACCAUGCUGGGAGAUACCGCUGUGGCUGUCCAUCCCCAGGAUCCAAGAUACCAGAACCUGGGAGGGAAGUUUGCUCUGCAUCCUUUCUGUGACCGGAAAUUGCCCAUUGUCUUUGACGAGUUUGUGGAUAUGAACUUUGGGACUGGUGCUGUUAAAAUCACUCCUGCUCACGACCAGAACGACUAUGAAGUAGGAAUGAGGCAUCAACUUGAGUUCAUCAACAUCAUGGACGACAAUGGCUAUCUCAUCAACGUCCCUGAGCCUUUCCUGGGAAUGAAGCGUUUUGACGCCCGUAAGGCAGUACUGGAAGCCCUGCAACAGAAAGGACUCUUCAAGGAGGUGAAGGACAACCCCAUGGUGGUGCCAGUCUGUAGUCGCUCCAAGGACAUCGUGGAGCCCCUGCUGAAGCCCCAGUGGUACGUCAGGUGCGGUGAGAUGGCGAAGAUGGCGGCUGAUGCCGUGCGCAAUGGGGAACUGAAGAUCAUCCCAGAGACUCACCUCAAGACGUGGUUUAACUGGAUGGACAAUAUCAGAGACUGGUGCAUCUCUCGGCAGCUGUGGUGGGGACAUCAGACGCCGGCGUACUUUGUGACAGUUAACGAUCCCGCAGUCCCUGCUGGAGAGGACGCCGACGGCCACUACUGGGUAAGCGGCCGCACCGAGGAGAUUGCCAGACAGAAGGCAGCCAAGAGGUUCAACGUCUCUCCUGACCUGAUCUCACUCCGACAGGAUGAGGACGUGUUGGACACCUGGUUCUCCUCUGGCCUCUUCCCCUUCUCCAUCUUCGGUUGGCCGGAUGAGACGGAGGACUUGAAAGUCUUCUACCCAGGCACGCUGCUCGAGACGGGUCACGACAUCCUCUUCUUCUGGGUAGCUCGCAUGGUGAUGUUGGGACUGAAGUUGACCGGGAAGCUUCCAUUCAAAGAGGUCUACCUCCAUGCCAUCGUCCGCGAUGCCCACGGUCGAAAGAUGAGCAAGUCCCUGGGCAAUGUCAUCGAUCCCCUGGAUGUGAUCACUGGCAUCACGCUGGAGGGUCUUCACGCACAGCUGCUGGAGAGCAACCUGGAGCCGGCAGAGGUCGAGCGAGCCAAGGCUGGUCAGAAAUCUGAUUAUCCGAAUGGGAUUCCUGAAUGCGGGACGGACGCCUUGAGAUUCGCGCUGUGUGCCUACACGUCUCAAGGCCGGGACAUCAACCUGGACGUUAACCGCGUCCUCGGCUAUCGGCACUUCUGUAACAAGUUGUGGAACACCACCAAGUUUGCCAUCCGUGGGCUCGGACAGGACUUCACUCCAGAGGCCUCUGCCCAGCGCUCAUCACAGGAGAGUCUGAUGGACCGCUGGAUCCUGAGCCGUCUCAGCCACGCAGUGCAGACCUGUGACCACAGCUUCAGGCAGUACGACUUCCCGGAGGUCACCACUGCCAUCUACAACUUCUGGCUGUAUGAGCUGUCUAAUGUCUACCUGGAAUGUUUGAAGCCUGUGUUUGCUGGCCCGGAUGAGAAUGCUGCCCGUGCAGCCAGGAAUACGCUGUUCACCUGCCUGGACGCGGCCCUCCGCCUUCUGAGCCCCUUCAUGCCUUUCAUCACAGAGGAGUUGUACCAAAGGUUGCCGAGGCGACAGGCUCAGGACCCGCCGAGUAUCAGCGUGACCUCGUACCCCGAGUGUGAUGAGUACAACUGGAGGGAUGAGGAACUUGACCGGAACAUGGAGUUUGUCCUGUCCAUCAUCCACACCGUCCGGUCCUUGCGAGCCGACUACAACCUCACCAAGACCAAGGCUGACUGUUACUUGAAGUGCUUGGACCAAAGUACUGCCGAUCUGGUGAGUCUGUUCACCUCCUACAUCGAGACGCUGUCCUCCUGCAAGACGGUGACAGUGCUGGUGGACAAGGACUGUCCAGCUGGCUGUGCCGUCGCCAUCGCCUCAGACCGCUGCUCUGUCCACCUGAUGCUGAAGGGACUAAUUGAUGCGGAAAAGGAGGUCACAAAACUCAGGACCAAGCAGGGAGAGGUUCAGAAGCAGAUUGCGAAACUCAGGGAGAAAAUGUCCAAAGCUGACUACAGCACCAAAGUGCCUCAGAAAAUCCAGGACAUGGAGGUGGAGAAGUUGAAGCAAAGCGAAACUGAACUGCAGAAGGUGGAAGAGGCCAUGAGGAACUUUGAGAAGAUGAUCUGACCUGCUGAGUGAAGCAGGGAGGGUGCCAGGGAUUUUAACCGCUCUCCUGUGACGCAAAUGCCUGAAGGAUGGUGUGGCCCUUCUUUGCACCAGACCUGACUCUCCGGGUACAGACCCAGCUCUGGUGUGGAUGGGUUGGUGAUGGGUGACAUGAAGUGCCUGCUGUCUCACUCCUUUCCAUUCGGUCCCAUUUGUGUGCCAAUCCCCACCGUUCUCUCAUCUAUCGGUGACAGAGGUUGGUUCGUUUCCACCUCAGAGGGAAUUCCCUGCACUCACUCAUUCCCCCUGUCCCUCUGAGAGUGGCAUGCUUUCUCUCUCUCUCCACCCCAACUCUUCCUGUUUUUCUCUCUCUUUCACUCUCUUCCUCUUCUUCUCUCUCCCUUUUUCUUUCUUUCUCCCUCUCUCUGUCAUUACUUCCCCGUUGUUUUCCUGAGCUCUCCCUCUUUCCGAUUUCUCCCUUCAAUCUUUCACCUUCACUUUCAUGUUGCUUUUCCUCAGUGCCUCUGUUUCUCUCUUUCACUUUCUGUCUCGUUCAUUUCUCCAAGUUGUUGUUUGUCCAACUUUUCCUCCCUCUCCUAAUUCUCCGUCCCCUAUCCCCUUUCCAUCUCCUCGUUUAUUGAGGCCAUGCAGCCCUGCAGACAGACCUUGUGUCUGUCUCCUAACCAGCCCAACACAAACUCUCGGCAAACUUGUGCCCUCCUGUUCUCUUCUCCCUCUCACUCUUACUCGAGAUGGUCUCACCUUAAGGUUUCAGACUUCACCGGAAUGAUCUGCUGUUGGGAUUUAUUGUGACCGAUGGGCAGGCUGAGCUCAUUUGAAGAAGGGGGAGAAGGGAAGCAACAAGCUUCAGUAGCUAAUGGACAUGGGGAAGAGGGGGCUUCAGGUAGUUGCCAUGUGAGGUGGGGGUGGAGGAACUGAUUAGCUGUCAAUCAUUGUUCUAGUUGUCUGGGAAUGGGGGGUGUCAGGUUCAAACCCGGGUCUGGAGCUGUGAUGCAGCGUCUCCAGCCACUGUGCCACUGAACCACCAGGCAUCUUUCAGAGGGGUGGGCUUGGAUUUCAGCUGCCCCCUUCAGUUUAUCCAGAUGAUGGCUUGUGGCCCAAGGCCCAGCUGCCAUCCGUUCCCCUGGGAGUUUGCAGAAAAUCUUUUGCAGGUGAUCUCACCUUGUACUGACAAGAUGGAAUCUACUUCCAGUGCCGGCAUUCUCCCAGUGUCCAAGUCCAGGUUUUGGGAUCUCCACUGCUGUGGAGUUGGGAAAGGAUUUACGUUCUGCUGUAUGUCACAAGGCAGUGCUAAGAAGAAAAAAAACUGAAUAUUGAAUGAAGGACUCCCUCACGUCGAUCUGUCUUGGCAUCAUUAACUGACUGUCCAGUGUUGCAGUGAGUUACAGCCACAUCAGUCUGGGACAAUCUCCACGUUGUUCUGGUUGUAUAGGAUGUCAAUUCAGUUAUUCCCAUCUUGUUCCCCCCCCCCCCCCCCCACCGCCAACCCCUGAUCCUUUUACCCCCACCUGCUGUCCUGUUUACUUGCUCCUUCCCAGCAGUCAUUCACCCUCCUCCCAAUGUGCAUUGGCGCACACUGGCCAUUUCCCCACCCCACCCCUCUCCUCCACCUCCCAAUUUAGAGCUGGAAUGAGUCUAAAUAAAAAAAAGUUUUUGUUUUCUUGCAAGAAUGUUGGCUUGUUUGGAGUUUUCAAUCUGUUACCAACUAUAAACUUGAGUUGCUUUGUA